AUGUUAGAGGUGAAGGCUGAGUAUUGGAGAUACAGUGGUACUUUAGUGGAAACUUAUAAUCGAGCACUAACUAAAGUUGGAUCAUCAGAUCAAGUUCUUUUACCUCUGGACUAUUCCCGCUAUUUUAGCCUGGUUCUCAAGCUUGUACAGGCUAUGACACUGAAGAGUCACGUGCUUAACCUAGCCCAAAAGGCAGUCAGGAAACUAACACCCCCACGGCGCAUCUCACACCUCGACAGCAGUGGCUGCAAAACCUUAUAUGAAGCACAAGUUCGGUCUCACCUAGAGUAUGCACCUCUCUCCUGGACGGCCUGCCCCCCAUCAUUCAUCAGACUUUUGGACAAAGUGGAGAGCCGUACAAGAAGGCUCAUGUCUAGUCUUGACCAAGUCUGGUGGAUAAGGUCUGAAGAUCAGAGCCUGCAACACCGUCGUGAUGUUGGUCGUCUUACUGGUAUGAACAAGGCCAACAUUCUCAAAGUUCCACACCUGGCCCAACUUUGUGGACAACCAGUAGUUGGCACCAGUAACGCAUGGCUCUCAGCCAUCAAGAGCCUCAUGCAAGAGUUGCUCUUCUCAAGAACAUCACUCCAUCGGCGAUCAAUCUUCCCUAGGGGCCCAGGACACCCCAGGGACAAGAGGCAGCUGACUAAUUCUUUCGACCUGCCCUACACCACGGAGGAGAUGUGUGUCAACAGGGCCAAUGAGGAAUUCUUCAGGCUUCCGGACUUCAACGACUGUCGGGAUGUGUUCAGGUGUGACAGGAGCGGGGUGAGCGGACCUCUUCGUCUUGCGGCUCUGCGAUGUCCGACGGGACUGGCCUUCGACGUGGACCGUCAAGUGUGCGACUGGAGGAGACGCGUCAAAAACUGCGACAAACUUGAAAAGCCACUCAAGGCCAAGCCGCUGCUCAACACGGAGGAGCCCCUCUGCCCUGAGGGUCAGCUAGCCUGCGGGGAUGGCGUCUGCCUCUCCCAAACGCUCUUCUGCGACGGGAACUUCGACUGCGAAGACCAGUCUGACGAGAACGCAUGCAGUGUGAAUGAGGACCCAAACCGUGCACCUGAGUGCGACAAGCAGCAGUGUGUUUUACCAGACUGUUUUUGUUCGUCGGAUGGCACGCGAAUCCCUGGCAACUUGGAGCCCACACAGACGCCACAGAUGAUCACCAUUACCUUCUCGGGCGCCGUCAAUAUCGACAACGUUGAUCUCUAUCAGGAUCUCUUCAACGACGACCGCAAGAAUGCCAACGGGUGCCAGGUGAAGGGUACCUUUUUCGUUUCCCACAGAUACACCAAUUACUCGGCCGUGCAGGAGCUGCACCGUAAGGGCCACGAGAUAGCCGUGUUCUCCAUCAGUAACCGCGAGGACCCCAACUACUGGACCUACGGCACUUACGACGACUGGCUCACCGAAAUGGCUGGCGCGAGACUAAUCAUCGAGAGGUUCGCCAACAUCACCGACAACUCUAUCAUCGGUCUCCGCGCGCCCUACCUGAGGGUCGGCGGUAACACACAGUUCGAGAUGAUGACGGAUCAGCUCUUCAUCUACGACGCAUCGAUCACAGUCUCGCUGAAUCGCGUUCCCCUAUGGCCCUAUACCAUGUACUUCCGCAUGCCUCAUAAGUGCCACGGCAACGCCCAGAACUGCCCUUCCAGGUCCCAUCCCGUCUGGGAGAUGGUCAUGAAUGAACUGGAUCGCAGAGACGAUCCCCUCUUUGACGAGAAACUCCCCGGCUGCCACUUCGUCAGCUCGUGCACAAACAUUCUUACCGGAGAACAAUUUGCUCAUUUCCUGGAGCACAAUUUCCAGCGCCAUUACAACACCAACCGCGCGCCUCUGGGCCUGCACUUCCACGCUGCCUGGCUGGAAAGCAACAAGGAAUUCAAGAAGGUACUAAUUAAAUUUAUCAACGAGAAGACUGCUCAGAAUGACGUGUAUUUCGUGACCAUGUUGCAGGUGAUCCAGUGGAUGCAGAGUCCCACCGAAGUCACCGGUAUCAAGGACUUCGAGGAGUGGAAGGAUAAAUGUGACGUGAAGGGUCUGCCUUACUGCUCGCUGCCCAACACGUGUAACCUUAAGAGCAGAGAGCUUCGAGGAGACAGCAAUAACCUCUUCACCUGUAUGGAUUGCCCCCGAAGCUACCCCUGGCUCCUCGACCCCACUGGGGAUGGUCUCGAUCUUGUUUAA